AUGACUGAUAAUUCUGAAACAUCACCAGGAACAGGGCCUGGCCUCGAUCCAUCUCUGGUUCGAUAUGGUUCGAUAUUUCUUCUUAUAGUUGGUACAUUUGGUAAUAUUCUUUCAUUUAUAAUAUUUUCUCAUGGUACAUUACGUAAAUCAUCAACAUUUCGUUAUCUUGCAUUAGUUUCAUUAAUGGAUUUAUUAGUACUUUAUUCUGGUUUACUUGAUUUAUUUCUUACAAUUGAAUAUGAUGGUACAUUUUCCUUAAGAAAUGUUCAUCCAAUAACAUGUCGUUUACAUACAUUUAUAACAUAUUGGUCUCAACAUUCAUCAUCAUGGAUAUUAUCAAUGAUAUCUGUUGAUCGUGCUGUUGCAACAAAUUGUAUACAAUUUGCAAGAAAAUUUUGUACGCCUCGUUCAGCUGAUUAUAUUGUUGCAUGUAUAUUAGUUAUCAUUGCAUUACUUAAUUGUCAUGAAUUAAUGUUUCUUCGUAUACAAGAUACAGAUCCAAUUGAAUUAACAACAAAUACAGAUCAAUAUACAACAUUAUCACCAUUACGUUUAAGUUUAUCGACACAAAUAUCAUCGAUAACAAAUGAAUUUGAAAUUCAUAAUAAUAAUAAUAACAAUAGACAUAAACGUAAUUUAGAAUCAUCAUUUUUUUUACUUUCAAUCUGUGAUAAUCCUCAAUGGAAUUUUUUAUGUCCAAGAGAAAAAAGAGAUUUAUCAUCAUCAUCAUCAAUAUCUAAUCGAUUUUUUUAUUCCUCAUUCGUUACAUCAAUUCCAAAUGUAACAGCUUAUAUAUCACCAUUCGAUUCAUCAACAACAACACUUUCUCUACGUCAAUGUGUUGCAACUAAAGGAAGUCGAUAUGAAUUCUUUUGGGAUCAUGUAUGGGAAUGGAUUGAUGUAUGUCUUUAUGCGCUUAUUCCAUUUACUGUUAUGAGUAUUGGAACAUUUUUAAUUGUAUAUCGUGUUUAUUAUCAACAACGACGUGUUCGUACAAGUGGACAUAGUAGUCAAGCAGGUGGACCAACAAAUAAAGCCAAAAGUUUAUUUUAUUUAUUAUUUACACUUAAUUUAUUAUAUUUUAUACUUGUAAGUCCAGUUGUAUUUGUAACAACUAUUUUAUUUCGUGAUCAAAAUGAAGAAGUUGCUUAUCCACGUUUUAAAGCUAUUAUUUAUCUCAUGCAAUAUUGUAAUCAUUCAUUAAAUUUUAUUUUCUAUGGUAUAACAACACCACCAUAUCGUCGAACAUUAUGUGGAUGGUUUGAAUUACUUAUUCCACAUUUACCACAAUGUUUUCAACGAGCAAUACGACGACGAUCAAAAUCAGCUGAACAAGCAAGGCCAAGUCGUUUUCAACAACCACAACAAAUCCGAGUAUCAAUAAAAAAUGAUCAAUUAAUUUUAAAUACAACAACAACAACUAAUGAUUUAAAUAAAACUAUAGAUAUUACUGACAAAAAUCUUCAAAGAGAAUCAAUUUCUUUACUACCAAAAUAA